AUGAUUAAAAGUAUGAGAGAUUUACUGUUUUUACUUUUGACUAUUACUGCUUGUUUUUAGUGCUAAGUUAUUAACAAGGAAAAGAAGCUAAAUUUGCAAAGUAAUGAGCUGUAUGUGCAAAAUUUAUCAGAGUUUAUCAAUGAAGCAGCUACUUAAAUUGACUUGCGUACUUCAGAAGGAGUCUAAGAAAUUUAAGCUUUUUAGUCAAUAAAAACUUACUAAAAUUCUAAACCUUUAGAAGUUCUAGCCACCCUUGUUUUUAAGCAAGUAAAGUACAUUAUUGGGGUUACAUCAUAAGCUGCUGCUGAUUCUAAAUACAAAUUUGAAGUACUUUUCUAGAAAAUACAAUUUGAUGAUACUUGCAAAUGCUUAGUCUAGAUCCCAAUCUGCUCAGUUGCCUCUGAAGUAGUAAAUUAAAUUCCUGAAAUUUUUGCCAGUAUCUAUGACAGUUAAAGUGGAUUUGUUUCUUACUAAAUUGGUGAAGAAUAUAAGACUUUUGGAUUCAAAUCAGAUGGCACUUAUAUGGAAUAUUCAAAUAUUUAAUGGCUGAAGCUAAGUAAACAUGUUUCCAUCUAAAAUUAUGAUUUGUCUAUUUAUGUGAUUUAAUCAAUAAAUCAAAAAUAUUAACUCAUCAAGCUUAGUAAAGAUUGGAAACAAAUUUUUAUAAAAGAAAUUCCUGCUGAUAAAUGUGAUCUAUCAGUUCCUCUAAUAGAUAGCACAAAAUUCUAUUAUAUGUAUUGUUACUAAGGAGAUUAAACCUAUUUAAAAGCUUUUUGGGUUAAUGAAUUUGUAGAAGCUCUAUCUUUCUAGAAUUUCUAAAAUGUACCUCAAUAUCUUCCUAAGUCAUACACAUUUAACAGGAUUGGAAGCUAGUUUUUAAUUGGACUAUUUGGAGCAAAAUCCUCUAACAUAUUAACAAUAAGCUCAAACGAAAGCCUAAACGACUUUGUGUUUACCUUGUCAAACACUGAAAUUCCUUUCAUUGCAGCUUAGAAAUCAAACUUUAUGAAUGAAAAAUUUUUGAUUUUUCAUUAAGAUAAUUACUUAUUAUUUUUUGAUAUAGUCCAAAAAUAAAUAGUUUAUUAGACUUAAGUAGCUAAUGAUGGACUUCUUAUUAAUUCAGCUCAAAGUUUAGGAAAUUAAAUUAUCCUUGAUUUGGUUGAUAUUAAUUAAAAAUACUCAAACUCAAUAGUUGCGCAAGUCAACCUCCCUUCGUUCAAGAUUUAAUUGAAAGAAUCUACAACUAAUCCUAUUUAAAUUGUGAUAACCACUAUUUCUCAGACAAAAGUUUAUGUUAAUAUCAAAGUUAAUAUAGUUGAGUAAAACACUGUCCUUUUUACUUCAAAUUAUGUUUACACACACAAAAACAUUUAGAGUCUUAAUGAUAAUAAAGUCCAAAUUUUACCUAUCGAAGAUCAAGUAAUAGGAGCUGAUCUUUAGUUAAAUGCUUCUUAAGAUGAAUAUAUUUAAUUAAUGAAGGAUGUUAGCUUUAUAAAAACAAUCGAUUUGGAAGUUCAGAAAGAUAUUUUACCAUCCAUAAGCUCAAGCUGUAACAGUUACCAACUUGAUGGUUAUUUCUCAACUUUAUUUGUGUGUCCUUUAGAAGCAGGCAUUUAGUUGUAAUAUGUAAGAGCUGAUUCUACCGACAAUAAUUCUAAUAAUAAAAUUGGUGUUGUAGAUACAUAUAAAAGUUAGAUAUUGUAGUAAAGAUCAAUUAAUUAAGUUGAUAAUUAAGGUUCUUUUAUUAUUAUACAAACAAAUCCUUAGAUUUAUCUACCUUAUUUGAAUAACGAACAUCUUUAAUUUGCAACAUAUCCUAUUUUCUGUAAUGAUAAUAACUUCUCUUUUGCAUCAGAUCCCGCAUUCGGCAUUUUCUUUACGUUUUGCAAGAAUUAUAUUACGAUGUAUUAAUACUAAAAUAAUAACAAUUAGCUAAGUGCUGCCUUAGAUAUAAUUUAGAACACAUCACUUAACUAACUGAUUUGUAUAGAUGGAAUACUUUUUGCAUAUAACAAGACGAGUAUCACUGCUUAUGAUUACAUUCAGUUUAGCUUUCUUGGGUAAAUAACUAUACCAACAGAAGGAACUAACUAAUAAAUAACUCUAUUCAAGAGUACUUUUUUGAUAACUAUUUUGGACAAUCCUUUGACUAAGAUUGCAUAAUAUUCGUAUAAUAAUUUUGCUAGCUCUACUCCCACUUUCAUGAGGUAUCUUUAAAUAGACGAUAGUCAUCCUGUUGAUAACCAAGGCUUAAUAGUGGCUAAGAGAUCUGGCACUGAACUGGCUUUUAUUUUAUCCUCAACAUAAAAUCUAUAUUACAUCUAUAGAGUUAAUAGCAAGUAAUGGUCUAACUAGCUUUAUUCUUCUAUUAGUUUUAAUUUACAACAAACAGUCAUAAAUAACCUAAAUGUGUGUUAAUUGGAUAUCCCAUUCUUCAAGCUAAUCCUUUAACAAGCCAGCAUUAAGUAUGAAUUAGACUUAACAACAGAGUAAUUUAAUCAGAAAUUCUUUUCGUUUACUCUUUUGACUCUCAAACCUCCAAAACAAGAGAAGCAAACUGAAAAGCAGCUAAAUCUAAAAUCUCUCAAAUCAUCUGCAAUUCAAAGAAAAAGAACACUUCAAGUAAACUGGAUCUAGUAUGCUUUGUCAAUUAACAGAGAUGCAAGCGCUGCAUUUGGUAUUCUAAAUUAAUAAUCAAAUUUCAUCCAAUAACUUAAAACAUAAGUUUAAGAUAUUUAAUUUUUUUCGAAUGAUGUAUCUAAUGUUUUGAAUUUAUUCUCAAAUUCUUCUCUUUAUAAUGCUUGCCUAACAGGAUGGUAGUCUUUAUUGCCAAAUGCUAAAAUAUCACAAAGAAUAAGCGCAACUUCUCCAAAAAUUUUGAAUUAAGAUUUCACUAUCCUUUACAAAUAUCGUCUAUAAAUUGAAGACAAAUAGAUUACAAGCUUCUUUUCAAUUUAAGGUAACUUUAAAAAUUGCCUAGUUUUAGAUGAUAAGGCUUCUUUGAAAAGUACUUCUUACCUUAACCUGAAUUACUAAUUCAACUUAUAUGUUUUUUGCCAAAAAAAACUUUAAUAAUACUAAGUAGAAUACUCAAUCGAUAAUUAGAUAGCUUAAAAUAUAGUUAGUUCCAAAGUAUCAGAACCUAUUAUAUACUAUUUUAACAAUAACUAUAAUCUAUCGAUCUAUACCUAGCUCAUCAGCUACAAUAGCCAAAUUUAUUUGUUCUCAGUAGGUGGAAUGAAUCCAUAAUUGCUUGUGCUUAAUAAAAUACAAAAACAAGCAUUAAUCCAAGAAUUAACUAACUCUUACUUAGUGAAAAAAAGCAUUAAUUUCAUGAGUAAAUCAAAUGUUUAUAUAUAAAUAUAUUCUUCAGGUUUGAUAUAGUUUUAACAAAAUUCACAAGAAAAAAUCCAGGCACUUUAUAUUCAAGACAUGUUGUGGUAUUUUUCCUUUAGUAUAACUGAUUAUAUCAAAUAGGUAAUAUAAUAUUCUGAUUCAUAAUUCAGAAUUUAAUUUGCAAAUUCAUUCAUCUAUGAUGUCACUUUCUAGUUCAAUCAAUAGUAAUAAUUAUAGAUUUUGUCCGCGAGUUAAUACUAUUACUAAGAUGCUUUCUCUUAAUUCAUUUCAGGCUUCAAAGGAACUACUUACACAAUUUUAUUUGGGUAUUCCAAUACAAAAUAGUUAUGUUUAGCUUUGUAUGAAAACUCUGCUUCAUUAUAAGGCAUAAACUUAAUUUAAUCUGUUUAUUAGUUUGAAGAUAAAGUAGCUUCAAAUCAAACUCCUACCUUUAUUACCUAACAGACUCCAGAAUAUAUGGAAUUAACUUUAUCUAAUGCAUAUCAUUUUACCAUACUAAUAUCUGAUCACAUAGGUAUUUAAGUAUUUAAUAAUUAACAGAUGGCUUAGUAAAAUUUAAAUAAAAUACAAAUACAAAUAGCCCCUAAUAUUCAAAAAAAUCCAUAUAACACUAUUAAUAUGACUGCUACGAGUAUUCCAUCCCAAAAUCCAAGUAGUAAAACUUAUAUCUAAAAUUUAUUCUAUAACUUAAUAAGCAUUAUAAUUAUAUUUUUUAUCUGA